AGCCCUUGAAAGCAUGAAGGCCCAAACUGUCUUUGGAAGGAAUAUUACAUAACCACCCCUUUCUCCAAUGACGACUUCAAUUUUGAUCUUUCUUUGAGUCCCGUCAUUGUCGAAACCCUCGACGUCUUGAGCCCACAAUGCUGCUCGAUCCAUUCAAUGCUGUCAGAGAAGAUCUCAAGGACACUGGUAUCAUUCCAGACGUUAUCCCUGUUGACCCUCCUUUCCAUCCCAAGGCUCUGCUCGUCGUGACCUUCCCCACUAGCCAAGAAGCUCUUUUGGGGAACACGCUCACAAAAACGGACACUGCUGACGAACCAACCGUUUUGUUCACUCCGGUGCUGGAUGUGACUGAUGAACCCACCUAUACACUCGUCAUGACAGACCCAGACGCACCAUCUAGGGAAAACCCAAAAUUCAGACAGUGGCGGCACUGGAUGGUCACUGGUGUAAAAACCCCUCCGACGUCGGCCGUUGAGACGGACAAUCUUGCUGCACAGCUUACCAAACCCGCUGUGACGUCCUAUUAUCCUCCCGCCCCUCCCCCUGGGACUGGAAAGCAUCGUUACGUAAUAUUGUUAUAUCAGGAACCCAAUGCGGACUUCUCAAUUCCUGCUGAUGCCCCGGAGCGCAAGAACGAGCCUGCGAAUAGAAAGAAUUGGAAUGCGGCGGGGUUUGCUGACAAGUAUGGGUUGAAGCUAGUUGGGGUCAAUUAUUUCGUUGUCGUGGGGGAAUAAGAUGUCCAAAGCGAGGCAGUUGUCCUCAAGUGGUUGAGGCGUCGGACUGUACUUAUGAUACUGAUAAAGACAUUUUACUUUCAGUGUAACAAGCUCUAAUGCCACUUGAAUCCAGUACAAGUUUUCAAGGCUCCGAUUGACGUCGACGAGCGU